AUGAACCUCUGAACUUCACAAUAUAAAUGGACUUGAUUUUUCUCGUUAGGAAGAGAAUUUAAUAUGUAACCUGGCAGCAAUCAGAGAUAUAAACAUAGAAGAUUGCCCACAACCGUGAGUCAAGCACCCUGAAUAAACUUGAGGCAAGCACAGGUGACAAUCAUGGAUACGAAGUCUACACUUGUCUUUAUUAAAGCACUCAAUAUUUCGGACGACAGUUUUACUAACUGUGCCAGUGCUGUCGCUAUAUCCACCCUGGACAACAUGACAGAGAUGUCAUUAAAAAACCAUUCGAUGAGUGCGUCUUUACAAACCUACCCGGAGCGAGUUGUAGUGGCUGUUUUUAUUUUCCUGAUUUCACUGACCAGUAUCACUGGCAACACCAUGGUCAUCUUGUCCGUGACGUUCAGUCAGAAGCUACGAACAUCCACCAACGUCUUCGUGGUCAGUCUCAGCGUGGCUGAUCUACUGGCAGGGUUUGCAGCACCAAUGAGUACUGUCGGUUUGCUAACUCCUGGGGACAAAUGGCCAUUGUCUUCUGAGGUACCCUGCUCAAUCGCUGGCAGCCUUCUGUAUAUAAGCUCUGCUUCCAGUCUCUUCAACUUGGCCUCUAUCGCUCUCAAUAGAUUGAUCCUCAUAAAGCGCCCAAUGACGCUCUAUCGUAGUCUCUACAACAAGCGAAAUCUAUUCAUCAACGUAAUCAUAAACUGGAUCGUUCCAGUCUGUACUAUGUCUUUGCCUCCUUUGUUUGGCAUUGGUGGUUGGGGUUACGACGAGCAGCAUCACUCAUGCAGCGAUCGCGACACUCACCCAAACGCCAAGACUUUCGAAAUGAUUCAGACCAGUGUUUCCUAUCCUAUCCCGCUUAUCGUCAUCGUUACAAGUUACUUAGCAAUAUUCGUUCACGUGCGUCGACACUUCAAGAGACAAAAGGCUUUGCAUGGUAUCGUUGCGACUCACGUGAGUGCUACAAGCUCCACUGAAGGCUCCAGUUUUGUUGUUAUUGAGGGAGCUACCGCUGCCAAGUCUGCUCACGUGGAACGCAUCAAUCGUCAGCAGCUUGAGAUCACAAAGAAUCUCUUCACUGCUGUCUGUGCCUUCUUUAUCUGCAUCACUCCUUACUGCGUGGCACUUUUCAUCCCAAACAACGAUCGUUUCUUGCUCUUUGGUGGCUUACUAUUUUUCUGCAACAGCAUCGCCAACCCGAUUAUCUACGCUGCUAAACAUCCACAAUUCAAGAGGGUGAUGCGCUGCCUGCUGAGGUGCCAGUACUUACAGAUAGAACAGCCGUCGGACACGUUGAAAGCUCUGAUUGCCUGCGCACAGAGUCAGAAGCAAAAGCCAGCAGAAUCCUAGGCCCA